GACAGAGAGGCCACUUUUUAUAGCUAACGAAUAAAAACUCCCGAGUUUUAUGCGUUAAGGACAAAGAGCAUCGCGCGUCAUUUUGUUGGUGAUGGAUGGGAAUUGCAGCGUUGCUGUCAUCAUCUCAAAGUCCUCCCCUACGUCUGAUGCUUCUUCCCCUGCUCCAGUACCUGGAUCUCCCUUUGAACCCCAGCCUCACAGGGUCAUAGCUCAGGGUGUCCCAGGGAGUGUCCAACCAAAGCAGGUGGAUGAGUCCCUCAUCAAGGUCAUCGAGAAACUCAGCAAGAUAGUGGAGCAGCAUCCGCAGAGGCAUUGCCCUUCGGGGGGGCAGAAAAGAGGGAAACAUCUGGACUCCUCCGAGGUGAGGUUGAAUCCUGGAAGCUCUCCUAACAAGAGGAUGAAGAACAGCUGCGACGACGAGGCAAAAGCAGAUGGUAGUGAAACAGACGGCAGUUCUUUUUCUCUUGCUCUGGGCGACAGUAACAACAUCACUCCUGCACCGAGCGAAGUUGCUGGCGGUUCAGGCCACAUCGACCUCAAACGGACAGUAACGUGCUACCAGUGCAGCCUUUGUCCCUACCUCUCCCAGACGCUGGCCCAGCUCAGAGAGCACCUGAAGCAGCACAAUGAGCAGCACAGCGACCUCAUCCUCAUGUGCUCUGAGUGUCACUUCACGUCCAGAGACCAGGAGCAGUUGGAGGCACACGUCAAACUGCACUUCGACGACCGGGGUGGCACGAUGAGAACCUCCACGGAAGAGGAAGGAGUUCUGAAACAGGGUGGGGAAGGGGAGCGGGACAGUGAGGCGAGAAAAGGUUCACCAGAUAAGUCAAGUGACCCACCAAAGAAAAAGUGGUAUAGUUACGAGGAGUAUGGUUUGUACCGUUGCUUGAUCUGCAGCUACGUGUGCAGCCAGCAGCGAAUGCUCAAGACCCAUGCCUGGAAGCACGCCGGCCUUGUCGACUGUUCCUACCCCAUCUUCGAGGAAGAGGAAGGUGGUCCAGCAAGGCAAGAGACUCAAGCAGCUACCAAUAACAUCAUACCCCCAGAGGAUCUAGUGAUCCUGUCUCCAGGUCUUCAUGAUCAAAAUUUACAGAAGCUGCCUGCUGCCAUUAAGUUGCAACUCUGCGUGCCUGUCAGUACCGAGAACCAGCAGGAUCAUUGCAAUCCACCAGUCUUGCAUUCCAGUGAAGGUUCUGAAACGGCUCCAGAUGAAGUCGAGGAGAAGGGGUACACCAACAAAGAUGUCAGCUCCGAGGAGCCUGUGGUGGAGGUGCAGGUGACUACGGAAGGAGAUGGCGACAUGGAGGUGGACGGGACCCAAGAGAGCAGCUCCAUUCCUGACAGUCUGCUGUCGUCAGCCCAGAAGAUCAUUAACAGCAGUCCGAACAGCGCCGGACACAUAAACGUGAUCGUAGAGCGCCUUCCGUCAGCCGAAGACACCGUCAUGGUCACAAAGCCUCUUCUCCUCAACCCAGAUAUUGAUAGGGACCAGGGUUUGCUGGCUGUGAAAGAGGAGGAGGAGCAGAACCCUGUAGGAAGUGGUGGCUGUGUGGAUAACUCCACCAACAAUCCUUCAGUAGAUGGUGACUGUAAGUCUCCCCUCCCUAAAGGUGACUCCUCCCUAAGGGAUGAAAACAUCCCCCCAACUAGCCGCAAGCGAACGCAUUCCGAGUCGCUCCGCCUCCACUCUCUGGCUGCAGAGGCUCUUGUUGCUAUGCCGAUGAGGAUGCCAGAGCUGCCCACCUCCAGUCCUAAGGUGACCCUGAAAAGCGCUUUACCCCAGUUUCAGAAUCAAAGGAUUUCGGAUGGAACUCAGAGUAGACAGAGGGCGUCAGACGUAGAGAACACUGCAGCCCUGUUGGACCUGGAGCUUUGCCAGGCCAAACAGGAGGAAUUAGGACCCCUGGGCCUUGGAGAGGGUGAUGAGGAAGGUCCCACCACUAAAGCCGGAAUCAGCCUUUCACUUCUUACCGUCAUCGAAAGACUCAGAGAGCGCUCAGACCAGAACACCUCAGAUGAAGAUAUCUUGAAAGAGCUUCAGGAUAACGCACAGUUCCAGAAUGGGGCUGUUGCCGCAGCAAUCACUGGCAACAGAACCGAGAGUUACGUGUGUAACAUUCCAGGCAUUGAUGGGUUGGUCGGCCCAGCCGAUGGCGGGCUGGUGGAUUACAACCCGGGCAGUGAGCGGCCGUACCGGUGCCGGCUGUGUCACUACAGCAGCGGCAACAAGGGCUACAUUAAGCAGCACCUGCGUGUUCACAGACAGAGGGCGCCAUACCAGUGUCCCAUCUGUGAGCACAAAGCCUCAGACAGUAAGGACCUGGAAAACCACAUGAUCUACCACUGCAAGAGCAGAAUGCACCAGUGCAAAUACUGUCCGGAUGCCUUCCACUACAAGAGUCAGUUAAGAAGUCAUGAAAGAGAGCACCACAGCUGCAGCAGCGACACGCCAUCACCCACAAUGGGGACUGACACAAUCACCCCAAUGGAAGAAUCUGAACGGGGAACAGAUGAAGAAGGUGGGGUGCCAAAGAUGUACAAAUGUGAUGUGUGCAACUAUACCAGCUCUACAUAUGUAGGGGUGAGAAACCACAGGCGGAUCCAUAACUCUGACAAACCGUAUCGCUGCUGUAGCUGUGAUUUUGCUACCACCAACAUGAACAGCCUGAAGAGCCACAUGAGGAGGCAUCCUCAGGAGCACCAGGCUGUGCAGCUGCUGGAGCAGUACAGGUGCUCCCUGUGCGGCUACGUGUGCAGCCAUCCGCCGUCGCUCAAAUCCCACAUGUGGAAGCACGCCGGGGACCAGAACUACAACUAUGAGCAGGUCAAUAAGGCCAUCAACGAGGCCAUCUCCCAGAGCAGCCGCCCUGCUGGACCCCCCAGCCCCCCGCCAGACUCCACCCAGUGCCCCGCCCAGGGGAAGAACCCGGCCGCAUCCCAGGGCCCUCCACACACAGGACCUGCCAUGUCGGGGCCCCCCAUGGAGUACUGCGUUCUGCUGUUCUGCUGCUGCAUCUGCGGCUUCGAGUCCACCAGCAAACAGCGUCUGAUGGAGCACAUGAAGGAGCAUGAGGGCGACAUCAUCAGCAUCAUCCUUAACAAGGAGCAGCAGCAGGAGGCAGAGGCCCAGGCCGGCCUGCAGACAGCAGAAUGACACACAUCCGGAGGUGAUGAGAGGUCAGAGGUCACUGCAAUGGCUGCUGUGUCACACAGGCACCUAUUACAGGCUUCAGAAGAGAAAUGUGAUUUUAAUUCGUUAAUAUUCAUGUCAAAGCAUUUCACCAUUCAAAGCUUUGGCCCAAGUUCGAACAGUAAUAAGCUCAACCUUUAUUAAAUCACAAAACAUUGACUUAUUUUCUUCCCUAAUUUGAUCACUUUUUUAUGAUGGCAGCUCUUUCAUUGCUACUGUAGUAUUUACCAUGUUUAGCAUGACAUGUCUGAGGUUCUCAUCCUGUAAAGAGUUAGCAGCAUACCUUCAUCAGAGCCUAAAGACUCGCAUCGCUGCUCAAACAGAAGGAGUAUUUAUCCGUUUGUUUUUCCGUUAGCUGCCAGUUUCUUUAAGUUUGCUGUAUGGUUUGUAAAGUAGAGAAGGAAGUAGAAGUAAUGUACAUUGACUGAGGGGUUGUUGUAAAUGCCUGUAGACAAAAGGAAUGACAAAAAGGGAAGUCUGUUGUUAGUAGAGCCAUUAUUUGAAUCUGCCAGUGCCAAGGUUAGGAUGUAGGAAAAUGUUUCCUUAAAGGAGAUACGGUUAUCUCAUGUUUGUGGUGCUAUGUUCAUUUGAAAGCAAAAAUUUGUAUGUAUUUUUAUAUCUCCUGCUGUUUAUGUUGUUGGUGUGAGUGUGUGUGUUUAGUGAAGCUUUUAUUAUAUUUUAACAUUCUCAAAAAGUACAAAUCAUCUUCUGAUCAGAACAUUUGUAAACACAGCGGACCCCCGCCACUCAUGGUUCAGCAUUUACAAAUUAUCCUGUGGACAUGAUUUCAUGUUAUUUGCAAAAAAUCCACCCAUUUAUUAAUAGUUUUUGUAAAUAUUCUCCAAGAAAAUUCCACUUGGGAAGUGAAGCUACUUAAAAGCAAUGCUACCUGACACACCAUUAGCUGGCGUUAGCAAACCAGUCAAUCCAGAAGCGGCAUUCGUUUUCAAGAGAGAUGAGGAAGACUGUAGAUGUUGGCUACGGCGAUAGCGCUAAGAUGCUUUCCACUGUGUGUUUUAAUGCAUAUUAAGAUAUAUCUAGUAUUUCAGCUAUUAAUAUAGGCAGUUGUAAGCCUUUUUAGAUGGGGUGGCAGGUUUCACAGAUCACUGAGGGCUCACUGUAAUUGCCUAUGCAGUUGAACAUUUUGUUUCAUGUCAUGGUUGAGACAAUACAGUGAAACGUUUUUGAAUGAAAGCAGUUGUAUUAUCCACCUUAUUUCUGUAACCAUGAUGCUGUGCAUGAACUGCGUGUUCAGGAGUCAUCCUGUUUCACUUCGGGUGCCUGUUUAACACAAACCUCCUGAAGCUCAGUUUGGUCUGGUAAAAGUGUCCAAAACAAAUCCAGGUCAGGAGAUCAUGAAAUCAGGAGUACUACUCCUGAAUA